AUGCCAGGAUCAAUUUCUCCUGUAACAGUAACUGAUGAAAUUUGGGUUGAUGAGCAUGAUGAUCCAACAGAAGAAGCAGUAAUGCAGCAGCCUUACAGGACAGCCUUCCAUUUUCAGCCUCCAAAAAACUGGAUGAACGAUCCUAAUGGCCCGAUGUAUUACAAUGGAUUUUACCACUUUUUCUAUCAAUACAAUCCACGGGAAGCUCAAUUUGGCGAUGGUGAUCUUUCUUGGGGGCAUGCGGUGUCAAGUAAUCUAGUUGAUUGGGUUCAUCUUGAGCCUGCUCUUAAUCCCACUCAUCCCUUUGACAUCAAUGGCUGCUGGUCCGGUUCUGCAACAUUUCUUCCAGACGGAACUCCUGUGAUUUUGUACACUGGAAUCGAUUCUCAGAAACGUGAAGUUCAGAAUUUGGCCAUCCCCAAGGAUCCAUCUGAUCCCUACCUUAGAGAAUGGAUCAAAUCAGAUAAAAAUCCUUUAAUGGUUCCAGUUGAUGGGAUGGGUGCCAGGUUGUUCAGAGAUCCAACGACGGCGUGGAAGGGGCGGGAUGGAAAAUGGCGUGUUACUAUAGGUGGCGAGAUGGAUUUGCAUGGGACAUCCUUUCUCUAUCACAGUGAUGACUUUGAGACCUGGACCAAGAGCUGUAAACCUCUUAAUUUUUCGACAACGUCGAAUAUGUGGGAGUGUCCUGAUUUUUUUCCUGUUAGUGUUAGCGGCGCUGAUGGACUUGAUACUUGUGUUAUAGAUGGAAAUAUUAAGCAUGUGUUCAAGGCAAGCAUUAACCAGCACUCCUGCAUGCGUGACUGCUAUGUUAUAGGAACAUAUGAUCCAGAAACGGAUGAAUAUGUUGCUGAUUUUGAUUUCAUUGAUAAGAAUGUGGAUUUGAGGUAUGAUUAUGGGGUAUUCUACGCUUCGAAAUCAUUCUAUGAUAGUGAAAAGAGAAGGAGAGUAUUGUGGGCAUGGGUUCUGGAGGGAGAGACUUCAUCAGAUCACAUAAAAAAGGGAUGGUGUGGAGUACAGUCAUUUCCUAGAACUAUCUUGCUUGAUGAAGGUGGAAAGCAAUUAUCACAGUGGCCUGUUAGAGAAAUCGAGAGCUUGCGCACGAAUGAAGUCAAAAUUCAGGAUAAAGAGAUCAAAGGGGGAGUUGUAUUUGAGAUAACCGGCAUUACAGCUUCACAGGCUGACAUAGAGGUCUCGUUUUAUAUACCAAAUCUUGAUGAUGCCGAACUACUGCCUCCCGAAGGGCGUGAUCCUCAAGCCUUUUGCAAGACAAAAAAUGCAUCUGCUGGAAGCAAAAUUGGACCAUUUGGGUUGAUGGUUUUGGCCUCAGAUGACCUGGCCGAACACACUGACAUUUUCUUUCGGGUAUACAAAGGCGAAGACGAACAUGUUGUGCUCAUGUGUAGUGAUCAAAGCAGGUCUUCUUUGAGAGAAGAGGUUGAGAAACCUACACAUGGGGCCUUUGUUGAUAUUGAUCCUUCACAAAAAUUUUCAUUGAGAACUUUAAUUGAUCACUCAAUCAUUGAAAGUUUUGGAGGUGGAGGGAAGACUUGCAUCACUGCCAGAGCUUAUCCAAAAGUGGCUGUUGUACCAAUACCAAGAAUUGAUGAACCUAUUCUUGUUGACUACGAUCAACUGCAGCCUUACAGGACAGGCUAUCAUUUCCAGCCACCUAAAAACUGGAUGAAUGAUCCCAAUGGGCCGAUGUAUUACAAUGGAGUUUAUCAUCUUUUCUAUCAAUACAAUCCACAAGGAGCAACUUGGGCUGGGGGUCUCCUUUCUUGGGGCCAUUCUGUAUCAUAUAAUUUGGUUGAUUGGAUUCAUCUUGAACCUGCACUUGAUCCCACUGACGCUUUUGACAUCAAUGGCUGCUGGUCUGGUUCUGCAACAAUUCUUCUAGACGGAACUCCUGUUAUCUUGUACACAGGAAGUGAUUCUGAGAAGCGUCAAGUACAAAAUUUGGCUUUUCCCAAGAAUGCAUCUGAUCCUUACCUCAGUGAAUGGGUAAAAUCAGAACAUAAUCCUAUAAUGACUCCAGUUGAUGAGAUGAAUAACGAGUUUAGAGAUCCAACGACUGCGUGGCAGGGGCCGGAUGGGAAAUGGCGGGUGAUCAUUGGUUGCGAACUUAGUGGGUAUGGGGCAGCAGUUCUCUAUCUGAGUGAGGAUCUUGUGAAUUGGACUAAGAGCCAUAGACCUUUUUAUUCUACAAAGAGAGCAAAAUGGUGGGAAUGUGCUGAUUUUUUUCCUGUCAGUGUUAAUGGAAACAAUGGACUUGAUACUUAUGUGAUAGAUGGAAAUAUUAAGCAUAUUCUCAAGGCAAGCUUUAACAAUAGCGACUACUAUGUCAUCGGAACUUAUGAACCAGAAAUAGACCAGUUUGUUGCUGAUGAUGGUAUAGAAGACUUCCUGGAUGACAAUGUGGAUUUGAGAUAUGAUUACGGAAUGUUCUAUGGUUCUAAAACAUUUUAUGAUGGUGCACAUAGGAGGAGAAUUGUGUGGGCAUGGAUUAUGGAGGCAGAGAGUCAAUCAGAUGACUUAAAAAAGGGAUGGUCUGGACUACAGUCAUUACCUAGAACAAUCUUGCUUGAUGAAGGUGGAAAGCAAUUAUUGCAAUGGCCGGUUAGAGAAAUCGAAACCUUGCGUACAAAAAAAAUCAGUAUUCAGAAUUAUGAGGUCAAAGGAGGAGCUGCAUUUGAGAUAACCGGCGUUACAGCUUCACAGGCGGACAUAGAAGUCUCAUUUCACCUCCCAAAUCUUGAUGAUACGGAACUACUGCAUCCGGAAUGGCGCGACCCUCAAGUCCUUUGCAGCAGAAAGAAUGCAUCAGCUGGAGGGAAAGUUGGACCAUUUGGCUUGAUGGUUUUAGCCUCAAGUGACUUGACUGAACACACUGAUAUCUUUUUCCGGAUAUAUAAUAAAGGCAAUUACGAGUACGUUGUGCUCAUGUGCAGUGAUCAAACAAGGUCUUCUUUGAGAGAAGGGGUUGGCAAAUCCACAUUUGGGGCCUUUGUGAAUGUUGAUCCAACACAAAACAUUUCCCUAAGAAGUUUGAUUGAUCACUCAAUUGUUGAAAGUUUUGGAGGUGGAGGGAAGAGUUGCAUCACCGCCAGAGUUUAUCCACAAUUGGCCGUUGGUAAUGAAGCUCACCUAUAUGUUUUUAACUAUGGCACAGAAAGUGUUGUGAUCUCAAACUUAAGUGCCUGGAGCAUGAAGUCAGCCGAACUACUUCCUCUGGAUGAAAGAACAAAAUCCCAAGUUUGA